AGGGAGCCGUGCAGGGAGCCGGGCAGAGGCAGGGAGCCGGGCAGGGGCGCGCAAGGCGAUACCCCGGAGUCUGGGCGGAACCAGGAGUGCGGGGCUCCCGGGGCGGGGGAGCGCGGCGCGGACGGCGGACAGCCGAGGCGCCCGGACAGAGCCCGACCGCGCCGUCAGCGACGGCGUGACAGGAGCACCUGGCCAGGUUUAGCUUGUGCCGACGCUUUUGAAAGAGACCAGCUGCUCUGCUCGUACGUGGGUUGCCCUAAGAAUGCUGGUCGCUGCCCAGAACUGGUGCGCAGCUGAGUGACCGGCAAUAAAGCUCGAGAGGGGGUAGGAAUUCUCUCGCGCUGCUCAUAUUCUGGGAACUGCUGUCCUUGGUUUGUUGCUAAAAUUGCCACUCCUUUUUUUCGUUGCCCUACUCAAGCAAAGGCUUGUGUAAGGAUAAACGGGCCGCUUCUGGAUCGUCCCGUGGGCUGGAGGGCGGGAUUUGCAGUUGUGCGGCAGUGCCGGCAAAAUGAGUUUGACCUUGAAAAGACUACCUAAACUGGGUUUUGGGUAAGGUUUUUUUAGGGAGAAAACCAUCAUUUAAACGUUGCCAGGAAACUGAAUGGGGGAUGUGCCUGCUGGGGAAAAAAAAAAAAAAAAGCAAAGCAAACACCAGAAAACCAAACACAACAAACCACUUUACGAAAGUAAGAUAAGUAUCUCUGUUAGUGAUUACAUAAGUCAAGAGUUUUUAAAGAAGAUAUUCUCUUGAUUUGUCUCUAUGAAAAAAUUUCAGUGGGGCUUUGCCCCGACUGCUUUCUAGUAUCUGGAUAAUUUGUACUUUUAAAAAUGCCUAUUUAUACCAGAAUACUAAGUGAUUUUUUUACCCCAGGGGAUUAGGAUAUUAUCCAAUAUUAAGGUUUAUAUAGACUAUAUCCUGAGAUUCUAAUUUAUAAGAGGACAGCAAAUCAAGGGGAUGUCUCACUUUACAAGUGAAGAUGAAGCUCUAUUACAGUCUAUGCUUAGACAGUUGCUGCAGAGCAUAAAGGAAAAAAUUACUGGAGCCCCAUCAGUAGAAUGUGCAGAAGAGAUUCUCCUGCAUUUGGAGGAAACGGAUGAGAAUUUUCACAACUAUGAGUUUGUGAAAUACCUUAGACAGUAUAUAAAAAAUACUGUGGGACCUGUGAUUGAAGAAGAAACAGAAAAAUAUACUUCUGCUCAAAAUCAGAGUGAAAUAUCUGGCUAUGACACACUUGUCCAACAUCUUACUAAGAAGACCCGUGAAUCAAAAGAAUACCGAGAAAUGAUGCAUGCUUUGAAGAAUGUCAUGAUGGUUGUGGUAGAAUCUUUGAUUAACAAAUUUGAAGAAGAUCGGAUGCAUAAUAAAGAGCUGGAUAGUAAAACAAAGAAAGAACGUCAGAGUGGCUAUUUCACAGACAACUGUUCUGACAGUGACUCCUCGUUCAACCAAAGUUAUGCGUUCAUGAGUCAAGAACAAUUGCAGCUGCUCACAGAAAGGCUUGACCCUAUUCAGCCUAAGGAAGUUCGACAAGAAGCAUUGCAGAUGCUGUGCUUUGCCCCCCCCUCCGAUAUACUGAGCUCUGAGAAUUGGCCAAAUCUGCGUAAGCAUCUGACGAUUUCUCUGUCGGAUCCUGAUGCAACGUUCAGUGAGAAAAUUCUUAGGUUCUAUGCAAAAACCUUUUCUUCUUCACCAUUUAAUAUGACAAGAGAAGUCUAUACAAGUUUAGCAAGACACUUGGAGUUGUACUUUCUUUCUGGAGAACACUCUCUUCGUAUUUCAGCUGGUCUGGAUGUAUCUAACACAGAUAUAAAUCGUUUACUUAAAAAGGUUCGCCUUUUAAAUGAGUACCAAAAGGAAGCACCAUCUUCCUGGAUUCGGCAUCCAGAAAAGUACAUGGAAGAUGUAGUGGAGAGUACCUUGUCACUUUUGUCAGUAAAACACGAGCCUAAUCAUCCUGCCUGUCCAGAUUUUUUGGGUCCCAUGUACUUCUUAGCUCUGCUAGAUAUCAAAGCAGUAUGGUUUAAAAAGUGGACGCAUGCAUAUUACAGCAGAAGAGUGGUACUUAGGCUUUUGGAAAAGAAAUAUAAAUCCUUGAUUAAUGCAGCUGUCCAGCAAUGUUUUGAUUAUUUUGAAUUUUGCAAGGCAGAAAUUAAUAAAAGUUCCAAAGUCAGUGGCUUCUUCCAGCAGCACUGCAGUGAUAAGCAGAAUUUUUCUUACACUGGACAAGAAUUGCAGUACAUCUAUUUUGUUCAUUCACUGUGCCUCUUAGGAAGAUUGUUGAUCUAUAAGGAAGGCCAGAAUCUCUUUCCAGUACAGCUGAAAAAUAGAAAAGAUAGUGUAUCCAUUACCGAUAUGUUGGUGUUAUUUACUCAGCUUAUUUAUUACUCUCCAAGUUACCCAAAGACAGCUUUGACAGCACAUACAGACAGUUAUUCUCCAGAAGGUCUUGUUAUGGAGAUUCUUCAGGUUUUUUGUGAUCAAACAGGAUGUGUGGCUGAAUGUUUAUAUACAGAUGCAGUGAUAGAUGCCCUACUUCAUCCUGUUCAAAGUUUGCUGAGUGGCACAGAGGUGUGUAUAAAUUGUCUUGAAACCACUUUGUUUGAUGUAGCUGAUAUUUUGGCAAGGAUUACUGCUUCAGAAGAUGGUCUUUCUCUUCUUCUGUAUGGAGAAAAUGAAAAAAAUUCCAAAGAUAGUCCUACAGCUGCUCAUGUAAUUGUUCAGUUCACAAAGAAACUUCUUCAUGAUGACCUUUCUCUUUUAUCUGGAUCCGAGCUUUUGCCAGUUGUUAAAGGAGCUUUCAUUUUUAUAUGUCGUCAAAUGUACAGAACUUGUGAAGGCCUGCAGAUGUUAAUUCCUUAUGGCUUGCAUGAAUCUAUUGCAGAGGCCUGGAGAAAGACAAAUUUGCUUUCAGAAAGAGUAUCUACUCCUGUAGCUGGUGCAGACUCGACUUCAUCAAUAAGUCUGGAGUCAAAAAACACUUUGUUAUGGGAAGAGACUUUGUUAGACGCCUUGCUAAAUUUUUCUAUGACACCCAAAGGAUUAUUUCUGCUUCAUAGUACAGGUGCCAUGAAUGACUGUGUGAACUUUAUGUUCAGCAGUUUAUUAAAAAAAAUCCAGACAAAUGAAUAUGAAGAGCUUGGUAAUCAGGUGAUUGUUACACAAAUGGCAACAACACCAAUGGGUGCGGUAGCUCUACAGAGUUCAGGCUUUAUAAAGGCACUUGUAACUGAACUGUGGUCUCUUUUGGAGUGUGGAAAAGAUGAUUUGAGGAUUACGCAACCCAAAUCUGCUCCAGUUGACCCUAUUGACCAAAGCUGUCAGAAGUCUUUUUUGUCUCUGAUAAACUUGCUCACUUACCCUGCAGUUUUUGAGCUCCUGAGUAAACAAAAUAUGCCAAAUAAACCAAUGUAUUCAUUCCGUGAAGUACCCUCAGAUGUUAUUGAUAUCAUUGACAGGCUUAUAAUUUUAAAUUCAGAAGCUAAAAUUCAUUCCUUAUUCAGUUAUGAACAAUCCCAUAUAUUUGGUCUGAGGUUGUUAAAUGUGCUGUGCUGUGAGCUCAAUACCCUUUUACUCUUGGAGACUCAGUAUAAAGUGUCACAAGUUUUACUGACUGCUCAGGAGGAAAACGUCACAGAAACUUCAGAAGGACCAGGAGUUUUUAUAAUUGAUGGUCUGUCAGUGGAGAGAAACCACAUUCUUGUAAGAAUAAAUCUGAUUGGAGGACCACAGGAAAGGAUUUUGCCUUUGAGAGCACUAGAUAAGGGCAGUGAUCCAUAUCCUUGGCCAAUGUUUUCAUCGUUCCCUUUGCCAAAGUGCUAUCUUGCAGGAAUUCCUAGGAAAGCUGAAUUCAGACAAGGUACAUACAAAGCAUAUAACGAUCUUGACAAGCUCUUGACACUCUUGAAAAGUCCAGAGAAGCCAACCGGGUGGGCAGAAAAUUGUAGAAAACAGUUCUGCAAAGUCAUGAAAGCCAGAUCGGAUAGUAUCAGUGGACCAGUUUUGGCAGAAUUAAUUGAAAAGUUCGUGUCACAUCUUUCUGAAAGCCGAACGGACUGUUAUUUCAGCACGGGAAACUAUAAAGCCAUGGAAAUAGAUGUGAAGAAAGAAAGCCUUUCAUCUGUGCAGCAGCUCGGUGUUGAAAUGACAGUCAGAUAUGGAAAAUAUUUAAACUUGCUAAAAGAAGAUGCUGAAAAUGGGCUGUGUUUUGUGUUAAUGAAUUGUGAGAAAUUCCUGAAACAACAGCAAAGAACUGUGGUAUCUUCACUUUGCUGCUUGCAGGAGCGCUAUGCUGGCUAUGACUGGUUUGCAUCUUCCAUCUUCCUCAUAAUGUCAGGGGACAGGGAGAGGACGCUGACGUUUCUUCAGCAAUUUUCAUGUCUUCUUGUUUCAGCAUUUCUCUGGCUACCAAGACUGCAUUUAUCUAUUCACCUGCCUAUUACAACAGUGGAAUAUGGCAUCCAUCCAGUCUAUUUUUGCAGUGCUCACCACAUUGAAAUGUUGCUGAAAGCUGAGUUGCCACUUGUCUGUUCAGCCUUCCACAUGUCUGGCUUCACUCCAUCCCAGAUUUGUCUGCAGUGGAUAACUCAGUGUUUCUGGAAUUACAUGGACUGGAGUGAGAUCUGUCACUACAUUGCUAUCUGUAUUUUACUUGGUCCUGAUUAUCAAAUAUAUAUGUGUAUUUCUGUGUUCAGACACCUACAGCAAGACAUUCUGAAGCACACUGAAGCCCAAGAUCUUCAGGUUUUUCUUAAAGAAGAAGCACUCCAUGGAUUUCGAGUGAGUGAUUAUUUAGACUACAUGGAAAAGUUGGAGGCAAUCUACAGACCUAUGCUGCUGAAAGACAUGAGGACCAUAAGAGUGCAGAAUACAUAGAUGAAGCAAACAAGCACUUUAUUUUCCAGUUUUGGUUACAUCCUUUAAAAGGAUGCUGAUUGAUUGAUUGAUUGAUUGAUUGAUACAUCAGUCUCACCUAAAAUCAGCCAGGCUGUUUAAAUGUACAUACUGUAAAAAAAAAUAGCAAGGGUUUUCAGAAUAUAGUUUUUCAAAAUGAAGUACCUUAAGUUUGAUGACCAAAUUUUCCCAUACAGGCUAUGUGCACAGUCUCAUUUUCAGUUAGCAGAAGGCAGCUUCAGAACCCACGUGUAGGAUGCUUGAUCUUAUAAAGCCUUGAACCUCUUCCCAAGUCAUUGUAUCAUUGUCAUCUCCUUGUUGCAGUCCUAAAACCUUCAUAUUUUGUUAGGGUCUGACAAAGGGAAUUUUUUUUCUAUUUAGGAACAACUGUGUGUUCAUGUACAUGAGAAGUCAACAAAUGAAAAACAAAUUCUCUGUUCUGACUUUGUGGAUAAUGUUGAGAAAAUGGGAUGUUCAAAUAUAUGCAAUGAAAAAAACACUUUAUAUUCCUGUCUUUUUAAAAAUAAAAUAAAUAAUUUUAUGUUAUAAAACAUAA